AUGCGAAUUGACUUGGAAAAUGUUGGAAGGAAGACCAGAUGCGAAAUCCCAAGAAUACCCCUCGGCACUGCAACUGAGAUAAGGAAGGCGUGUUCACUCUAUCCAUUUCCCACCAUUUCUCAAUCCCCCAACAAUGGAAGCUACUCUCUUCACCCUCCCCUCCUCCUCCCGCCCUCCCUCUCCCUCAAAUCUCACUUACGCAACCCCUUCCUCACUACCACCCACCUCCCCCAAUUGCCGCCCCUCCCCAAAAUCCACGCCGCAAUCAGCCGCACCAAGAAGGAAGAGACCGUCGAAAAGGUCAAGCAAGAGCUCGAUUCCUGCCACCUAAUCGCCGCCAUCAGCUACAAAGGCCUCGCCGUGUCUCAAUUCCAAGAGCUCCGCACCCAAUUGCCGGAGACCAAGCUCCUCGUCGCCAAAAAUACCCUAGUCUACAAGGCAAUCGGGGGCACCAAAUGGGCGGCGCUGAAGCCCUGCAUGAAGGGCAUGAACGCGUGGCUCUUCCAGAGGGAGAAGAUCCCGGCGGCGCUGAAGAUCCCGGCGAGGGAGAAGAAAUUGGAGGAGAACGACUUCACCGGGGCGGUUUUCGAGGGGAAAUUCUACGGCCCGGGUGAGUUGAAGGCGCUCGAGAAUUUGCCCACGAGAGCGGAGGUUUACGCGCAGAUUUUGGGGUCGAUAAAGGGGCCGGCUUCGGCGGUGGUCGGGACGAUUCAGGCGCCGGCGAGGGAUUUGGUAUUAACAUUGAAAGCUUAUUGCAAGAAAUUGGAGGAGGAAGGCCAAUGAUGGUAAUGUAAUGGGUUUUUUGUGGGGGGUUUGGUUAAAAGGGGAAUUGUAGCAUAAUUUGUUUGUAUAAUUGAUGAUAUUUUGUUUGUUUGAGGUAUUAUGCGAAAUGUGUAUGUGAUUUUGGAGCUUAGCUAUGUUGGUUCUUUGUGAUUAGCUAUGGUGUACUAAUGUAGAAUGGUUGCUCUUUUUGAGGUCAAGCUAAACCAGCUGGUUCUCUUAUUUUCUUUUGUGAACUUAGCAUUGUAUGGCAUUGUUCUCGAAGAAACUGGCUCUCUUAGUGUCGGAAGGUUUAGGCGUAGAGAAACUUGCUUUUCUUAAUAUGGAAGAGUGUCUUAACUCUUUUACUAUAAUGAUCCCCAAUAGUUGUUGGGUGAGUCCCCGUGGUGUACUUGUCUUGUUAUUUUGCUCUUUUCAUGGUUAUGGCUUAAACACCUUCCAGAUUUUGCAUUGAUCAUCACAUCACAUUGAUAUGUGUGUCUGUCUGUCUAAGUCUUGGCGUCUCUUUUCAAGGGACAUUAUAUGUGGAACGAGUGUCGUCGUGAGUAAACGCAGAAAUGUUCAUUCUGCCAUUUGGGAUUAUGUUUGCCUCGUUAGCUGAUUACAAUAUUUUUAGCAAUUCUGGUUUAUUUGUAACUUCUUGACAUAAAAAUUGAUCUCCGCCAUUCUCA